AUGAAAUUUAGGUAUAUUUACCAGCCUCUAGAAGAACAGAUUUAUCUGCCUGGAGCUGAGUCACUGAUUUAACAUGCCUUCAAGUUUGCUAAAAAUGCAAGCUCACCCCGUGCUUUCAAACAGUAGAAAGGAAGGGGGCGGCGGGUACCAGCGCAUUGACCAGUCACACUACAUGUGCGCUCGGUCUCCCUGUUUGUGAGUACUCAAAUGAUUUAUAUCAAUAUUCUGACCUUCAAGAGGGACCUGUCUGGGGACAAUAUGGGGAGAUGUUCACGAAAAGCCUUGCUACAGACAAUUGGCGAUAACCAAAAUAUCUCCUGUCUUCUUCUUUCAUUAACAUCUAGGCCUACAAUGGGCAGUCCGAAGCCAGGGUUCCAAGCAAGACAUAUCAGCCUCUUGUAACAAGUGCCUAGAUAUGAAACACUCUCUCAGGAAUGAAUUAGCCCACCACCAGCUGCAAUCAGUACCAUUUCUGACUUGGCUAUAAAAUGGGAUAUCUCCGGCCUAACGUCAAAAUUCUUUCUUUUGUAUUUGUAGCAAGCUGUACUGCUAGUAAUGCUUUAAAGGUCCUUAUAAGUUCUAACGGCACAUUUUUAGCAAUUUAUUUUUGUCACAGCUACUGUAGUUGAGUAUAUAUAUAUACAUAUUUAUAAUUAUAUUUUCUUUUUUUUUCUUUUUAAACUAUCAUUUUAGACCCCUCUGAAGUGUCCCUGUUUAGGACAGUCCCUAUUUCGGGUCCACUUCCCUCUAUCCCUCUUUUCUCUCCUAAUGUCCCUCUUUUCUAGGAGCUCCAUAUAGUUGGUGUGUCUGAGUGUAUAACACAUCUCCACAGCAAUAAUACUCCCAGUAAUGUGUCUGAGUGUAUCACAGAGCUUCACAGCAAUAAUACUCCCAGCAAUAUGUCUGAGUGUAUCACAGAACUCCACAGCAAUAAUACGCCCAGUAAUGUGUCUGAGUGUGUAACAGAGCUACACAGCAAUAAUACACCCAGUAAUGUGUCUGAGUGUAUAACAGAGCUCCACAGUAAUAAUACUCCCAGUAAUGUGUCUGAGUGUUUAACAGCUCCACAGCAAUAAUACUCCCAGUAAUGUGUCUGAGUGUAUAACAGCUCCACAGCAAUACUACUCCCAGUAAUGUGUCUGAGUGUAUAACAGAGCUCCACAGCAAUAAUACUCCCAGUAAUGUGUCUGAGUGUAUAACAGGGCUCCACAGCAAUAAUACUCCCAGUAAUGUGUCUGAGUGUAUAACAGAGCUCCACAGCAAGAAUACUCCCAGUAAUGUGUCUGAGUGUAUAACAGAGCACCACAGCAAUAAUACUCCCAGUAAUGUGUCUGAAUGUAUAACAGAGCUCCACAGCAAUAUUACUCCCAGUAAUGUGUCUGAGUGUAUAACAGAGCUCCACAGCAAUAAUACUCCCAGUAAUGUGUCUGAGUGUAUAACGGAGCUCCACGGCAAUAGUACUCCCAGUAAUGUAUCUUUAAACUACAAUAAAUGUGUUUAGAAGUCAGCCUCUAUCAUGACGCAUUGUUCUUGUCCUAAAUAAUAUUUUAAGUGCAAAAAUUGUAGUUAGUAAAUCACAUAACAUUUCUGAAAACAUCCACUCCACCACUCAUAGACAGAAUAAAAGGUGGGUGAUGAAUAGUGAAAAAAACCAGUGCAGGCAAGCUUCUGUGAAUAGGUCACUCCAACCCUAAAUAUACAUACAGAAAAAACAGAAAACACAGAGCGCCACAAUCACUAAAUAGGCAAUGUAAAUGGGAUAAAAAGAAAAAGAAUUUAUUGAUCAUAAAAUAUCCAUAUUGGCAGCACAAAAUAUGUGCAGUAAGAAAUGAAUAAAAUUGCCACAAUAGGCCAAAAAGACCCUUAGGUACAGCAGUUUGAACACAGUAGAAUACUGGAUAGACAAAGUGCAAGUGCUAAAGUGCAAAUAGAUGUACAAACAAAAGUGCACAAGUAACAGUCACAUAUAGUGACAAUGAACUAAGGGCAAAGUAUUGCACAAGCAUUCAAAAACCAGUAAAUAUGUGAGCUCAUUUUUGGACCCUGCAGCUUGGUAUCAGCAGUUUUAUUUCACAUAUUUACUGGUUUUUGAAUGCUUGUGCAAUACUUUGCCCUUGGUUCGUUGUCACUAUAUGUGACUGUUACUUGUGCACUUUUGUUUGUACAUCUAUUUGCACUUUAGCACUUGCACUUUGUCUAUCCAGUAUUCUAUUGUGUUCAAACUGCUGUACCUAAGGGUCUCUGGGGGGCGCUAGUGGAGUCCCGCAGCUCAGCCCACCAUGCCUGGUGGGGAGAGGGAGCACGGUAACACUGUGUGUGCUGGAGCUGGCUGCCGGGCUGUGUCCUAGCUCCCCCUGCUUUCCACAUGCACACACCGCCGCCUGUGUCUGUACAGUGAUAGGCUAUGUUCUUAACCAGUCGUUGUCUUGGGGCCCCAGGCUAGCUCGGGGUCCCAAGCAAUUGCUUGGUUUGCUUGCCUUGUCGUGACGGGCCUGGCUGAGAGUGAAGGGUAAACGUGUGCUCCAGCUUAUCAAUGCAGACUGGAAGCAGUGCAGGUGCAUUGCUCCCAACAUUAACAGGCAUGCAGGGUGGGGCAUGCAGGGUGGUACAGGUGGGCAGACCUCUCUGAGGGGUUGUAAUGCCCACAUCUAUCAAUGUGCACAUGCUGUGCUGUUAGAGGACAGUUCCUUGGUGUCUCCAGAUAUGGGACAGGUCCCCAAAAUUGCAACUGCUGUGAGGCCUGCUGAUGCUAGAUUAAGCCAGAUAAAUGUCAAACUGUCUAGUAAUGGUUUGAUAGCUUACCAUGGGAUGUGCAUAGGAUCCCUGACACCAUACUGAUCACUACUAAUGGAACCCUAGAUUGUAAGCUCAUUGAGCAAGGCCUUCUUCACCUCCAGUGUCUCAAUAUUUAUUGUGUAUGUCAUUGUAUUAUUACAGCUCGGUGUAUUAUUACAGACCAGUGUAUUAUUACAGCUUGGUGUAUUAUUACAGCUCGGUGUAUUAUUACAUCUCAGUGUAUUACAACAACUCACUGUAUUAUUAUAAUGAAUGGUAUUAUUACAGCUCAGUGUAUUAUUACAGCUCAUUGUAUUAUUACAGCUUAUUUUGUUAUUACAGCUCAUUGUAUUAUUACAGCUUAUUGUAAUAUUACAGCACAAUGUAUUUUUACAGUUUAUUGUAUUAUUACAACUCAGUUUAUUAUAUCAGCUUAUUGUAUUAAUAUAGUUAAUUGUAUUAUUAUAGCUAAUUGUAUAAUUACAGUUCAUUUUAUUAUAGUUAAUGGUAAUAUUACAGUUUCUGGCAUUAUAGCUCAUUUUAUUAUUUUACUUCAUUGUAUAAUUACAGCUCAUUGUCUUAUUACACCUUAUUGUAUUAUUACGGCUCUGUGUAUUAUUACAGCUAAUUAUAGUAUUACAGCUCACUGUGUUAGUACAAUUCAGUGUGUUAUUACAGUUCAUUGUAUUACUACAGCGUAUAACCUUAUUACUGCUUAUUGUAUUGUUACAGCUCAGUGUAUUAUUACAGUGUAUAGUAUUAUUAUUACUGCUUAUUGUAUUGUUACAGCUCAGUGUAUUAUUACAGUGUAUAGUAUUAUUAUUACUGCUUAUUGUAUUGUUACAGCUCAGUGUAUUAUUACAGUGUAUAGUAUUAUUAUUACUGCUUGUUGUAUUGUUACAGCUUAUUGUAUUGUUACAGCUUAUUGUAUUAUUACAGCGUAUAAUCUUAUUACUGCUUAUUGUAUUGUUACAGUUUAUUGUAUUAUUACAGCUCAUUGUAUUAUUACAGCAUAUUGUAUUAUUACAGCUUAUUGUAUUAUUACAGCUCAUUGUAUUGUAUUGUUACAGAAUAUUGUAUUAUUACAGCUUAUUGUAUUAUUACAGCUCAUUGUAUUGUUACAGCUUAUUGUAUUAUUACAGCUCAUUGUAUUAUUACAGCAUAUUGUAUUAUUACAGCUUAUUGUAUUAUUACAGCUCAUUGUAUUGUAUUGUUACAGCAUAUUGUAUUAUUACAGCUUAUUGUAUUAUUACAGCUUAUUGUAUUUUUACAGCUCAUUGUAUUGUAUUGUUACAGCAUAUUGUAUUAUUACAGCUUAUUGUAUUAUUACAGCUCAUUGUAUUGUUACAGCUUAUUGUAUUAUUACAGCUCAUUGUAUUUGCAGAGCUCGGUGUAGUGGUUAUCGCACUAAUAGUUUCUGCACAGUCCCAGUUUUUUGUCUAAUUGUUUGGGAGCGCAUUCUCAGUUGGAAUGUUAAUGUGGAAUCUACACUUUCUCAUUGUCAAUAUCAACGUCUGUGGACAGUAAUGAUAUGCCGAGGGCGUUGGGCGGGUUUUACUGUUACGUGUCUUUUCUACUCUCUGUUCUAUGUCAUAGUUCAGUUUUUUGAAAUAUUGUUAAUGAGCUCCAUGUAACUCAGUAUGGAAUAAUUCAAAGCAAACAUUGUUAAAAUGUUCCUUUCUUUCCCUCAGUUCACUCCCUCUCCUGUGUUCACUGUAUCUCUGAAGGGGAGACUUCCUGCACCGGUGCUGAAAAAAAAUGUCCAUCUGAUAACUACAUGUGUGGCUCAACGUUCACAUUCAGCAUAAUUGGUAACGUAAUAUCGGCGGGAAUGUUUGUGGUAAAUUAAAAUAAAAAACAAUUAUUGAUCACAAAGGGUGAUUUCAUUCCCUAUAUGUUCGUGUUUUAGGAUAUACUAUAUUUCAAUUUUAGAAACCAGUUUUGUUUUUAUAGCAAGAAAACAUUGAGUGUAGGUCAGAUCAGAGCUGAAUAAGUGAAAAGAGGUCAGGCUGGUGUGUCUGGUGGCACAAGAGGAAAAUGGCAUAGAGUAGGACCACCACGAGCUUUGUAACUGGGUGACAUAUAGAGCGGGCUAAUUCCCAUCAGUAAGGCGGAAACGAGGAACAUAAGGAAUAGUGUAGGAGUACAGGCAAAUAAAUACAAUGGUUUUCUUACCCCUAACAAAAUAUUGUUUCAUAUGUAAAAUAAAAUAUAGAACAAUAAUAAUGCAGAUGUUACUUAAAAAUGUCUAAUGUGUAAAGAUAAUCUGGUGAUUACACUCACAAUUUUCAGAGCCUAAAUUUUAAGGCUCAAUGAUAGCGCAGAUGUGCUUUUAAGGCAGCAUCCCACCCCUUUUAAUUGAUGUUCACUCUCAAAAUAUACAGAAACACGUAUAGGGAAUUAUAGUGUAGUAUAUCCACAUAAACAUUACCAAUAUUUAAUUAAUAUAAAAGACACUCACCUUCCCCAGAGCCUUGUUUUCCCAUGGCUCUAAGGUGGAUACAUUGUGUCUCUAAGCAAAAAGCACCAAUUCAUUCUAUUACUUCUGGGAUUGUGAUAAAUUGUCUUAUUAUCCCACCGGUGUGAAUAAUGUAAGCAUGGCUCUCAUAGAGGAAAAGACACACGUUUUAAUACCGUAUUCAUAAUAUUCCAGUGAGAGCAAAGAUCUGUUCAGUUAAACACUCUGAUACUUCCAUGAAGCUCUGUUGAUGAGGAAAGAAAAUUAAAAUGCUUCUUAGGUGAACACAUGCGAUGUGACAUGUCACAUAACUCCCUAACAAGACUGAGAUCAUUCUGUAUAAAUCGUUACAGAGAUUUAAAGCAUCCUAGAAACAUUUCUAUAAACAAUUAUGUUUGGCAGCACUGUUCUGUAUUUUGUUAUGACAGUAUAAUUGAUUUAAUAGAUUUAUGUGUACUUUCUUUUCUGUUGAGUCUCUCCAAUAUAGACUGUCUGUGUUUGGCUAUAUUUCUCACUGUCCCUCGCUCAUGCCCUGACUUUAAUCCUGUCUCUCUAUCACUCUCUUCCGAUCUUGUGCUCUCAGUCACUUUGUCUUACACUCAUAUUAUCUCUCUGUCUCUUUGACUUGCUCUCUCACACUUUCUGCCUCUCGUAUUUUAUUUCUAGAUCGCUCUCUCAUGCAGUUUGUCUUUUACUCUGUCUUUUCUUAUGUGACAUUUCUUUCUCCGUGUCCCUCUGUCUGAUGCUGUCUGUCUUGCGCUGCCCCCCCUCUCUCUAGCGCUCUCUCUCAUGCUGUCUGUCGGAAACUCUAUCAUGCUGUCUGUCUCUCUGAUAUUCUAUAAACUUGUUUAUUUUGCUGCUUUUAGACGGAGUAGCACAGAAAGUAUUUUUCAGGUCGUGUGAAAAAAACUCCUUUUGUGGAUUAAGUGGGACUAUCGGUUUCCAAAAAGGAAAAGUAAAAACUGCAACUACAUGUUGUUCUAGCGAUAGCUGUAAACCACAAACCCCAGCAUGUAAGUUGAGAACGAUUGAAGACAGCGUGAUGCAAUACAAUUCUGCACUUCAAGUGUUCAGCAUUUUUCAAUGUAAUCUUUGCAAGAAUUAUGCUUUAUAUAACGAACCAAAGGCAUAUUCUCUGUUCUGUAAGCUAGAUAAUUACGUAUGGACAUAUCAUUGUUUUUCUAGACAGAAAAAAUGUGGCUAAUCAAGUUUUAACAAAGAUCAAGGUGGAGGGUACAGAGCAAUUUAACCCAAUAGACAACAUUUCAAUAUCUAACCAUUUAUAAUUAUUAUAUAAUAAAUAUAAUAAUAAUAAUGAUUAUAUGAGAAGUGUGUAGGAGGAGUAGAGGAAACACCCAAGGCUAUUUACUAUAGUGAGACUUCAAUUUGAAUUGAAGAUGAAUUGUUCAUUUAAAGCCAGAGGGAGCCAAACUUAAAGCAUAUCUGACUUCAAGAAUGUUUUACUAUUUAAAUUUUAAAGUCCCUUUGAAUUUACCUUAAAUUCUCACUUUACUGAAUACUUGUUAGUGUGUUAUAAUAGCUCAGCCAGUAUUAUAGCUUAGAUGCCUCCUUGGUCAUAUUUGGCACUGCAUUCAUUGUUUUUUGUGUGUGUAUUUUGGGAGAAUAAUGGUAUUUGAAAGUUUGAUUUUAGUCUAGAAAUUUAGUCUCAUCUCCAUAUGCGUGUAGCUCUAGAGCAUGGGUUCCCAAUUAAUUUUUCCUGUGGAACCCUUUAAUAUAGUAUAUCAACAUUGUAGAACCCCAUCCCCCUCCCCAGUAAAAAACUAAAAUUAAAAUUUGCGCCAUUUUUUUGUAUGUGCUGGUGGGUGUCUGUGUGUCAAGGUGGGUGUCUGUGUGUAUAGGUGUUUGUAUGUGCCAGUGUGUGUAUAUGUGUGUCAGUGUGUAUGAGUCUGACACACAUAUACACACACACACACUGGCACACAGUGGCACACCGAUACACACACUGACACACAGAUACACACACCUUGACACACUGAUACAAACACUCAGAUACACAUACACACAUUUUGAGUCACAAAUACACACACACUCAGAUACACACAGUGAAAUAUACACACACUUGCACCCACAGGUACAAACACUGGCACAUACACACACUCAUAUACACACAUUGACACAUACACACAGUGUCAUAUACACACACUGACAUACACUGAUAUACUGGCAUGUACACACACACACAUGCCAAUGCUUACAUACUGACAUACACACACACACACACACACAUACUCGGAUACACAAACCAUUGUAACACAUACACAAACCUUGACACACAGAUACACACACUGACUCACACUCAGACACACAUACUCUUUGACAGACACACACACUCUCACUGACAAACACACAUACUCUUGGUCAGACACACAUACAAACAGAUACACACUUACACACUCACUGACAAGCACACAUACACUCUCACUGACAAACACACAUAUACACACACACACACUCACUGACAAACACACAUACACUCUCAGUGACAAACACUUACUGACAAAGACACAUACAAACUCCUUAAUAGACACAUACAGAAUUGAUUUUUUUUUUUUUUUUUCACUCUACCCAGCCGUCCUACCUUUGGAAGUGCUGGCAUGUAGCCUCUAUUUCCCUGUGGUCCAGUGGGGCUGCUGGGUUGAGCGGCUGGCAUGCAGUCCCUAGGGUCCAAUGGGGCUGCUGAGCUGCUGGCGUGCAAUCCCUGGGGUCCAGCGGGCUGCUGGGCUGAGCGGCUUGUGUGCAGUCCCUGGGGUCCAGUGGGGCUGCUGGGCUGAGCGGCUGGCCUGCGGGCAUAGAGUGCAAGCGGUAAGGGAGCAGUGAUCCUCCUACUCAGCUCCCUUGUGUGCUUCUUAGUGAUGCCGGAGCCGCAGUGAUGUCAUAAUCUGGCUCUGGCAUCACUGCUGUGAGCACAAAGGUUGCUGAGCAGGGGAGAGUGCUACCUCGCCACCCGUGGCCAUUUUGUUUCCCCAGGGUUCCGUAGAACACCAAUUGGAAAACGCUUCUCUAGAGGGAUUUCUGUAGGACAACAUGUCCAGUUACCUUAUUGGAGUUGCUCACACCCAGAUAGACUAUCCCUCAGGAGCCAGGAUUAUUGAAACGUGUUAUUAGCAUGACUUUUUCUUAUUCUGUUUUUGUUUGUUAUCUAAGUGCCACGAGACAGUACACAGAGAGUUGGCUUGAACUGUUCCAGCUGUUCUACUGUAAACUCAGCAUUUUGUCACACAAAUGAGAUUAUUGAGUGUACUGGAGAAGAGACAAAAUGCAUUUUACAAUCUACCAUUAUUUCAGGUACUUUCACCUCAAAGUCAUGUUUUUCUCAAUCUUAAAUUUUCCGAUCAGUGUUGCUGACAAUUACUUUACUUUAUAACAAUGUGUCCACAGGUAUUGCAAACAGCAAAUCAGCUGUCAGGGGCUGUGCCACCAAAAAUAUUUGUGAUUUCGGCAGCCAGAGCUACGAUUUUGGAGAUGGUAACAAAGUGAAAACAGAAGUUAUGUGUUCAAAUGGCAGCAUCAAUUUACUACCCAAGUCCAUGCUUCUGACCAUUAUCUCAUUGAUGUCAGCAAUAAUGCUUUAAGUAUCUCAGUAUCCUUGGAUCCUUGUGAUAUACUCUGCGUGUGAUGUGCACCUCCUUUGGAUAAUUCCAUGAAUGCUGUCAUGGACAAAUGACAGCAAAGCCCUGCACUGAAUACAAAUAUGAAUUGAAAAAGGGGGAAAACAAGUUGUAUUUUUUUUAGUUACUGCAGUAAUAGCUUUUUCCAACAUGUUAUUUUUUUCCUAAAAUUUUGCUGCUCUGUUUUCACUACAUGUGGACAGCUCACUUUUCUUUCAGUAAUCUAAAAUAUGUCAGAUUGUUUCAGUUGUAACAUAUCUGAGUACCUGACAGAGUGCCUUUGUUACACUUCAAUAGUACUGCAUGUGUGGUUAUCAAUUCUUGGCCAAUUUGUCGAGCAGCCUGGCACACAUUAACAAUGUGUCACUUCAUGCCACUGGCCAUUCUUAUCCUGAUCUAAUAAUUGCCAAGGCGCAAAUAUGCCAAAUUAAUAUACUGACACAUUUUUUUUUACCAUGUGUUUCAGAUGAUAACUAACAGUGGUUAUGGUGUGUGUCUGUCAUUAGCUGUUGGAUGGCGGAAGUUGGCGGCUGUAAAAGAUGCACAAUUUUGCAUGUGAUUGGUGCAAGGUACUUACUAGUGGUUACAUAUUAAAACAAAUGCCUCUCGCUUCAUCCUUACCAAGAGCAGACUGACAGAACUAACGUGUGAAUUGUCAGGGAUUCAAUGUCAUUUCAAAGCGAAUUUGAAACGUUAGGGCAGAAUAGAUAUUGAAAUAGAAUAGAAAUACUAAAUUGUGGGCAAACUUAACUAAUUAUUUAAACACCUACAUCUCUACAUGCAGCCAGUGACCUGCUCCAGUCCCUGCCUGGGCUCCACCAAGAUGGUGGAGUCUGCAUGCCCCUCCAAUGACAUCAUUGGAAUUUUUCCACCAUGCGCAAGUGUAAUAGAUAGAAUGUUUCACUCACUUCUAACAAUGUUGGGGAAUUGUUAUGCAUAGUAUUCUAAUUGUAAAACACCUUACUGCUGGUAUCACGUUUAGCCACUAGAUGUCAGUGUGACACCACAGGCUAGACUUCAAAUAGUUUUUAUAGCAAGUAAAUGGUGCAAAGGAGAGAAAGUACAAUACUGUUAAUACAUAUAAGUUGGAGAAUUUUUGCUGUUUGGAUAUUUUAGCUUAUAUCAUUUGUAAUUCCCGUUCUAAUUCUUUACAGUUCCUGGUUUUACUUAAUAAAUCCCAUAACAAGGAAAAAGACAAGCGGGAUGGUACAUUUUGCAAUAAUUUCAUUAAUCUUUCUUGGAUAUUACAGAAAAAGUUACAAUGUCUUUAAAAAUGUUACAGUGUGUAUAAAGUUUGAAUUACUACAAGAAUUGAUUCAUGUCUGAUGAGAUACAUUUUCUUAUGUACUCUUGUUGAUUUUUCGAGCAACGACAUAAAAGCUUUUAUUAACUGUCUUGUUAGGAGAUUGUUGAAAAGCACAGACGUUUAUUGUAGUGAAUACAAUAACUAUAAUGUUUUAAUGUAAUACGAAAGGCUGCGUGGAUCCCAGCUCAUUACAUCAUCUGUCAACGAAUACUCAUGAACAAUAGUCGUCCUUGUUCAAAUUGCAAUAUAACUCAUACAUUGUUUCAAUAUACUACUAAUGAUGAAUUGUGGUAUUCAAGAAUUUCUGUUUAUUUUAAUGUUUUUAUAUAGUAUAGAUAUUUACUGGGAUAAUUUUUAAAAUCCAUAAACACUGUGACUUACAGCGAAUACGUUGUCUAAUUUUAACCAGUCCAGAUAAACCAUUCUAUUUGUAGUAAUAAUAAUAAUAACAAUAGUAUAAUCCUCCUCAUCAAAGAAUUGGGGAGAUUGCAUGUAGUUGCUGAUAGUUUCCUUAUAUGUGCAGGGAUGAGGACAUUAAAAUUACCCAACUCUAUGGUACUCAUGUUAUUGACCUUAGAUGGUUAAAGGAUUGAAGAAUGAAAACCAGGGCAUUAGGACACUGCUACUGGACCAUUAACCUAUUAGCUAUUACACCACUAAAUGCAGAGUACCAUGGUGCUAUUAAAUGAACGAUGGGAUGGAUGUCCAGGUAAUAAAGCAAAUUGUUCCUCAAGAGCCAGCACUAUUUUAAAUAGAAUAUAUAUUAAACACAUUAAUCCUCCACUAGAGAAAGCCUCUAUAUACCACUGCCUCUGUUUCAGGAUUAUGUUGUUGAUAGUAUCAGUGACAUAACUACAAAUGUUAAAGCAAGGGUGGAGAUAUGUUUUAAUCCAAAGAUCUGUUGUCAUUAGAUGUCAGCAAGAACAGAUAUUUUAUUUUGUAGACCAUAACCACUACAUUCAUGUGCAUUAUUGAACCAAAAUCCAAGUAUUAUUUGUACACAAAAUAAAUAUUUUUUUUAUUUUCUUUUGGAUAACAAAUAAAAAGAUUUAGUGAAAUUAGUGGGAGAUUUUUCAUGAAAACAAACACAG